AUGUCGAGCCAGGACAUCCGCCACAAGGCCAGCGAGGCCAUGGGCCAAGCCCAGGUGGGAAGCUCCUCCCUCCCCUGUCGAUUGCUUGAUCCUUUCCACCUCCACCGGAUGCUGUCGAUGGACGAACGUCUGGCGGCUUCCAGAUCUCCGGAAGCCGGACGGUUUCUAGUGCUUUUUCUUCCAGAUCUUCUAUUCAAGAGAUAACAUGUUUUCCUUUCCCCCCUGCGAUGGAUUCUUGCAGGCGAGGAAGGAAGAGAUCGCCGACAAGGCGUCGGACGCCUGCCGCUCGGCGUCCCAGUCCUGCCAGGAGGCCAAGGAAAAGGCCGGCUGUCUCCUCCAGCAGGUACGCACAAAUCGUAGGAAACUUUGGAAAAGCCCUGGUCAGUCCAUUUCGCUUGGGGAUUCUUCCAGUCUCGUCGUUCGGUAGGAUUUCGAAUAUUUUUCUCUCAGCUCAUUCUCUGAUUCGAGCUAUUUGCUUUGGCGAUUGGGGCCUGUAGACCGGGGAGCAGAUGACGAACAUGGCGAAGAGUGUCGCAGAUGCUGCUACCAGCGCUCUCGGCGUCGGCAGCGACAACAACCCCACCUGCAGGCGCUGA